CCUUGCACUGUUGACAUGACUGACAUACUUUAUGCGGUCCUAAUGGUCCCAUUCACAGGUGGGACAGAUGCCACCUCAAGAACUUGCAAUGGGCGACAGAAUAUCUACUUUCAUGUUUUACCUUAACGACGUGGAACGCGGUGGGUCAACGGCUUUCCCGCGGGCUGGCGUCGCGGUUAAACCUGUCCGAGGCGGGGCGGCUUUUUGGUUCAAUUUGAAACGCAGUGGAAAACCUGAUCCUUUAACUCUUCACGGAGCCUGUCCCGUCUUAUUGGGUCACAAAUGGGUUAGCAACAAAUGGAUUCGAGAAACUGCCCAAACUUUCAACAGACGCUGCACGCUGGAUGCCAACGAAUAAAGAAAGAGGUCAUUGCGACAAAAAAUAUUUUUCGGGGAGAAUAAAUUAAAACCGACUAUAUUAUUGGUACGUAUAUGUAAGGUUAUGAAUUUGUGGCAUAUGGAUAUUGUUUUGACAUUAGUUUUUAUUGCUUCAAGGUUGUCACACGUAAUAGUAUAUUAUUUUUUGAAAUCUGGUUUUUGUUUUAAGUUGGCCUAGUCAAGAAUUUACUAAAUCUUCUUUAUGCAUUCAAAAGUGAAAUCCUUUUAUUGGCAAGAAAACGAUUCACAGUUGAAUAUGCCUGUGUGAUGAAUGUAUUUGAAUUGUGAUUGUCUUAUUGUAAUAAGACAACAAAAAGAAACCCGCAUCAUAUAGUAGCAGAAGUUGUUAUAUUUUUCACUUUAUAACAGUAGAACCUCUAACCCAUUUGCUUCAUCAAAUCUGAUGUUACUAGCCUAUGUUCUUAAAUGAAUAUAGACAUUCACUCAUUUGGUGUUUAAGAA